AUGUCGGAUGGCAGCCGGCCGCGGGGUCUGCGGCACCUGAACGUGCCCGGACAUGACUCCGACGACGACAUGUGGAGUGUGGCCUCGGAGGAGGCGGCCUCUGAGUUUCAAACCUCCUCGGCCACGCUGCAAUGCCUCCUGCGCGCCCAUGAAGCCACCGGCGUGCAAGAUGCCGAGGACCGGGUGAAGCGCUUUGCCGACCAUGGCCCUGAGCUUCUGAGCUGGUACGCCCGGCGUGUGGCGGAGCUGGAGCAGGAGAACAAGUCGCUGCGAAGCAGCUACCUCAAGGAAGCGAGGGGGCCGCAACACUUCCGCAUGGACUCUGCAGAGGAGGAAGAGGCCGCUGGCCCGGAGUCGGAUGCCUCUCGCCAGGUGGGCAUGCCGCCCUCGAGGAUGCGAGAGCACUCGUCCUUGCAGAGCCUUUUCGAAGUCGAUUGGGACAACUUGGGCACGGAGAUGCUGGAGAAAGCCAAACGGCACUGUCCCCAGCCUCUGCCAACGCAGGCGAUCGAUAAGGAGGUGCUUCAUGAUCCGCGGGAGAACCUGUUGGCGCUGGACCGCCUGCUGUGUGCACUACCCGAGUCGCAGGCCCAACUCAUCUGGUGGCAGUUUGCCCGAUAUGAGUCUGAGCUGGGGUACUUGCGCUCAGUCAUCGCCUCUUACGAGGAGAUCUGCGUGUCCGCAGUGGACCCGGCGCUUGGUGACGUGAGGGCUGAACUUCCUGAGACUGGAGCGCCAGAAAAAGAGAACUUGUUGGAUUUCACACGGGCCCUUCUUGCGGGCUGGAUGUCGAAGCCGUUUCUUGUAGUGUUGGGUUCAGGCCGGACGCUGGUGUGA